UUACGUCUGUGCUUGGCCAAAGGUCUGUCUAGCACUACGAACAGAACUACGUGUCGCUCUAUUUUUUGCAGCAACGAUUGCAUUUAACAAAGACGGAACAUAUCACCGUACUAAGCUCCAUUUUACCUCGAAGAAGUAAUAUUAGUGAAUAGUUUAAAGGCAGAUAUUGUCAUGGAUGUUCCAAGUGGGCAAUGCUGGCGUUGUGAGAAAAUUCUCCCAGAUCAACAUGUGCACUGUGGAGAUUGUCCGAUAGCUCAGUAUUGUACCACAUCAUGUCGAGACAGAGACUCCAUCAGACACACCUCAGUUGAAUGCCAGAUAUUUGGGCCCAAGAAAUGCAGCAAAUGUGGCAAGAAGGGAACAAUGAAGGAGUGUAAACAGUGUAACAAUGCGUGGUACUGCAACAAGGAGUGUCAACUUGCAAACUGGAGCAUACAUAAACAGUCAUGCGUAUACUUUAGGGAGACCAUUAAGGAAGUGGCAGGUUUACUUGUUGAAAAACAUUCUGAAGGUACCAUAUUUGGUGAUGCUCCUUAUUAUUUUGGAAAUAUCAUUGCCAGAGAUUAUCUUAAGCUUGUUAACAAUGAGUGGUCUGAAGAGGUAAUGGAGGAAGAUUUGGCAAGAGAUUACCAGCUUUUGUCUGUUGGUUGUGGGGACUUGCGUAACACUGUCUUGACAGCAGCUUCCCUCCCUGCCAGGUACCAGGGAAGUCUGUACAUCACUCUCAAUGACUUUGACCCUUUUGUCAUGGCAAGGAAUGUCUUGUUUCUCUUUAUGUUGGUUCGGUUUGCAGACACUGAGGGAAUUGAGAGCAGUCUGACUACCAUCUGGUACUCAGUUCACAUUACAAAGAAAGAGUAUGACCUGAUCAAGACCAGCUUGGAUGAGCUCAUUCAGAUGACCCCUCAAAGUCUCACAGAGGUCACUCAAGGGUUGGUCAAAGUUCAAGGUGAAGAUCUUGAGCUCAUGAGUCAGGUUUGGGGAAAAUGGAAAUCACUUGAAUGCAGAAGAAAAAAUAACAUGUCAAUUAACCUCAGACAGCAAAGAAAAGCUUUGCUUCAGAAGGAGAAUGCUAUGACUGGUUUGUUUCUCUAUAUAUUUGCCUUGGCCCCUAAUGAGACAGCACCAAUGAAAGCAUGGGUUGAUCAUGGAAUGUUUCUACCUACUGAGGCAAAAGAAAAAGACAUGCCAUUUGAUAAUCCCACAAUAACUGGAAAGACAAGUUUGAUGGGAAAGCUUUACUUGACUAAAGAACAUGUUCAGAAGGAUCCGAAAGAUCACUUGCUCAUGUACUGUAUCAAAUCGGAUUCAUUUCCAUUUGUAGUGUGGGAUUGCUUGAGAGUGAGGGAGUCUGAGACCAGACCCUGCUCAUCCCCUAUGGUGAUGUACCACAGCUACAUCACAAACCUCCUCCAGAAAGUCAAAAGUCUCAUCCAGCAACAACGACUUUAUAUCCAAAUUUCUCUGGUCGACUGUAUGGACUUUCCUUCAGUACAUAAGUCUCUUAAGAUGUCAGAAUACGACCGCAUCUCCACAUCCAAUCUUACUGACUACGUUGGUAUUGCCCAGCUUCUCCAGCUCUUCAAGCCACUUCUGAAUUCCAGUAAUAAAUUCUCUGUUAUUGUUACAGAGGCAAUGAACUGGAUUAGAUACUUACCAGAUGGUAACAUCAAAAUGUUGAUGAUGUCACCGGAGUAUGUGAGAUGUGAAAAGGCAUGUCGUGAAGAUACAGACUCAUCUAUGACAAUUGGCAUUAGUAACUUAAGGGACUAUUUCAAUAACACACCCCACUUUCUCUUGUAUCUGCGUGCACAAAUCAUGGCAGGGGGGGUCGGGGGACAGCCAUUGACGAAUGUGCCAUCAUUUGAAGAAGUGAUGAAGUACAAUGGUCUACAAAUGCGUGACUUUCGUAAGAAGCUGAAUCAUCUUGUCCCAUUUCAGUAUCGGGUCAAUGCACGAGUCCUGACCAUGAUGAAUGGAAAUGAUAGAGCAGUGGAGUGGUGUCUCCAACACACUGAUGGUUGAAGUACAUGGCCAUAAAAACGCUGUACCACUGGCAAGAGUCUAUAGUAACUCACCAUAGCAUCGGGCCAGUUACCUGAAAUUGAGUCUUGACAGUAAGGCGAUUUUCUUGAAUUAAAGGAACGUUACAGAAUUGGUUUUGCAAGCAAAAAAGUUGCUGGCAGUGUAAACACUUUAUGCUG